AGACACACACAGAGAGACAUGGAUUCUAAGGCAGUAGCUGAUAAGCCUCAUGCCGUCUGCAUUCCAUGUCCAUUUCAAAGCCACAUUAAGGCAAUGUUUAAUUUCGCAAAACUUCUGCACCACAAAGGCUUCCACAUAACAUUUGUCAACACUGAUUUCAAUCACAAACGACUACUCAAAGCUAGAGGCUCUGAUGCCUUAAACGGAUUGCCGGACUUUCGAUUCGAGUCCAUUCCAGAUGGCCUUCCUACUUCUGAUGAUAAUGCCGCCCAAGACAUUGGCAUGGUCUGUGAGUCUGUCAGAAACUACUUAUUGGCUCCAUUCCUUGGCUUGCUUGCAAAGCUCAACCGUAGUUCCUCCAUUCCUACUGUGACAUGCAUUGUUUCUGAUGGGUUCUUGUCAUUCACAGCCAAUGCAGCUAAAGAAUUUGGAAUCCCUUCUCUGUUCUUCUUCACUUUUUCUGCUUGUAGCAUCAUGGGAUUCAGACAAUAUCGGGCACUCAAAGACGAAGGCCUUACACCACUGAAAGAUGAAAGCUAUUUAAUGAAUGGUUAUCUGGACACCAUCAUAGAUUGGAUACCUGGGAUGAAAGGUAUACGUUUGAGAGAUCUCCCAAGUUAUGUUACAACGACAGACCCGAAUGAUGUACUCUUCAACUUCUGUAUGGAAGCAACUGAAAGAGCUAACGAGGCUUCUGCAAUUAUUUUACACACUUUCGAGGCAUUGGAGGGAGAAGUUCUUGACGGUCUUUCUACCAUAUUCCCUGCGGUAAACGCUGUUGGUCCACUCCAGUUACUUCUCAAUCAAAAGAAUGAGGACAGUAGCUUGAACUCAGUUGGAUGGAACCUCUUGAAAGAAGAACCUGAAUGCCUAGAAUGGCUAGAUUACAAAGAACCCAAUUCAGUAAUCUAUGUAAAUUUUGGCAGCAUAGCAGUCAUGAGUAAGGAACAGCUCAUUGAGUUUGCUAUGGGACUUGCUAAUAGCAAUCACUAUUUCUUAUGGAUAAUUAGGCCUGAUCAGGUGAGAGGAAAUUCUGAGAUUUUUCCAACGGUGUUUAAAGAAAAAACAAGAGAUAGAGGAUUCAUUGCAAGCUGGUGUGCACAAGAGGAAGUACUGAAUCAUCCGUCUGUUGGAGGGUUCUUAACACAUUGCGGGUGGAACUCAAUACUUGAGAGUUUGUAUGCGGGAGUGCCUAUGCUUUGCUCGCCAAUGUUCGGUGACCAACCGACGAACUGCAGGUUCGCUUGCGUUGAAUGGGGGAUUGGGAUGGAGAUUAGUAGUGAUGCAAAGAGAGAUGAAGUAGAGAAGCUGGUGAGAGAGUUGAUGGAGGGUGAGAAAGGAAAACAACUGAAAUGCAAUGUGAUGGAAUGGAAAAGAAUGGCAGAAGAGGCUACUAGUCCGAUUGGUUCUUCUUUUGUUAAUUUUGACAAGGUGGUGAAGGAAGUUCUUCUCUCAAAAUACCCAAAAUAGUCUAAAUAAUGGGUGAUUGAGAUAAUAAAGUAUUAUUUCUGUGUUUAAUGAUUAUAACUUCUUUAAGGUCCGAUUGGUCUCCCUUGUGGAUCAAAGCUGUAAUGUGUGUGUUUUUUUUGUUUAGCUUUUGUUACCUGGCAUAAACCGGUGGAGUAGGACUCAUUCGAUAAUGUUUGAUGUAAUACGUUGUCGUCCAACAAUGUCUGGUGUUAUCCAUUUUAGUAUUUGUGUUUUCCUAAUUUGUUCUUGUUUUUUUUUAGUCCUCUAUAUUGUAUUUUAUCUUUAUGUUG